UUUUAAUUAUUUUUUUCUUUCCAAACCCAAAGUCAAAAAAUUGCUUCAAAUAAUGAUUUGCUGUCCAAGCCGCAAGGAAUUAAUAGCAUUUGCGCAAUUCGCCGUGGCGAUCCUCUCAUUGUGGAAUUAUUACAUUAUCGAUUUGUUUGAUACACCAAUGUAUGACUUGAAGCUAUUCGAACAUCGGUGUGUUAGUGUGGCUCUGUGCUUUGCAUCGUUUUAUUAUUCGUUGGGUACAUGGCUAUGGCAUUCGAAAUUGUCGGUUACACGAAUGUUCUCAAGGAUUCAUUGCAUUUUGGUCUAUUUGACAUUGGUGUCAUUACUCUGCAUUAGCCGAUCUCGUUAUAUUGCCACCUAUGGACCCCUCAUUCGUGGUGUCUUCAGCCAUGAGAUAUUCGAUGAUGAAGAUGACCGCAUGGCUAGAAGUUUAAUUUUAAUUCAAGGAAUAAUGAUACUCUCUGCCAUCAUUAUUGUGGUCCAAUUGAAUUAUGUUUUCAAGAGGUUGUCUAGUAUGUGGGAGAAGAGAAAUCGAAGCGCUUAAAGAAUUACGAAAUUUUUUCUUAUGAAAACGAUAGACAAUUCCAUCAAAAACAUGAAUUAAUAAGAAACAGCUCACAAUCUCCACAAUUGUAUAUGCCUUGAUUUUUUUUUUUAAUUUUUAGUUUGUGAAAAAUUAUUUUAAAAAAAUCCCGAAUUAAUAUUCCUUGAAAAAUGUAAAACAAAAUCGUUCGAAAUAUAUUUUUAAAAGUA